GCUCAUUGAUGGUUCGUACGCAGGCUCGAAGCAUUCACCGACUGCAGGUAAAUAACAGUGUUCUGUAUUUCUUAGGACACAUUUUUUCACAUUUAAGUCCUGCGUAUUGUAUAGUUUGAAACACGUAAGUUACCAAUUUUCCACCUCUGAGGAAAACAUUGUUUAGCCUGCUGAAAGUGCUUGUUUCUAAAGUCCUGACUGUUUACCUUCCAGUCACUUUUCACUCAUUAUGGCCACACGAGUUCGACCGAGUAGUAAACGGUGUGCAGUCAUCGGGGGGUCAGGUUUCCUGGGCAGACACUUGGUGGAGAAGCUGUUGGAGAGAGGCUACUCGGUGUCCGUGUUUGACAUCCGUCAGAGCUACGAGCUACCCGGCGUCACCUUCCACCAGGGAGACCUCUGCGACAAACAGGAUCUCCUGCCAGCUCUGAAGGAUGUGUCCUUGGUCUUCCACUGCGCCUCCCCGGCCCCUGCCAGUGAUGACCGUGGGCUGUUUGAGAGGGUCAACAUUCAGGGCACACGCAUCGUGAUUCAGUCCUGUCUCGAGGCUGGAGUUCAGAAACUAGUCCUGACAAGCAGUGCCAGUGUGGUGUUUGAAGGGACCGACAUUAAGAAUGGAAGAGAGGAUCUACCUUACGCCAGGAAGCCCAUUGACUAUUACACAGAGACCAAGAUUCAGCAAGAGAAGUUGGUCCUUGAAGCUUGUGACCAGGAGAAAGGUUUCCUCACAGUUGCAAUCCGGCCUCACGGCAUCUUUGGCCCUCGGGACCCACAGCUGGUUCCUAUCCUAGUGGACACGGCUCGCAGGGGGAAAAUGAAGUUCAUCAUUGGUGAUGGGACCAAUUUGGUUGAUUUCACCUUCGUGGAGAAUGUGGUUCAUGGCCACAUCUUGGCAGCUGAACGCCUAAGGUCGGACUCCCCUAUAUGUGGAAAACCAUACCACAUCACUAACGAUGAGCCAAUCAAAUUCUGGGACUUCAUGUCGGAGGUGUUGGUGGGUCUGGGAUAUGCUGCUCCACGUUACCACCUCCCCUACUCUCUUGUGUACGGACUGGCCCUGCUCCUCUGGCUGCUGGCUCUGAUCCUUCGACCUCUGGUUUCUUUCAAACCCACUUUUACACCCAUGAGAGUGGCACUGGCAGGAACCCAUCACUACUACAGCUGUGAUCGUGCCAAGCAGGAGCUGGGCUACAAGCCACUCGUCAGUCUGAGGGAGGGGAUAGCACGCACAGUGGAGAGCUACCCCCAUCUCAGACAAGGGGCUUGAUGGUAGAUCAGAGGUGAAGACUGUUGAGACAUGAAAGCCUGGGGAUGUUUGUUCCAGGUGAUCAGGUUACACUGACUGGACAAUUCAAAAUAAGGGAACGAACAACUUAAUCUAAACCCCGAAUUGUAUGGCAUUUGUGUGCCUUUUAAACACUUAUGUACCAUUUCCACCAGCAGAUGGCAGCAUAAUUAUACUGCAUUUAGUCAGCGCACCACAGUCUGUUGCUACAGAAGGUUGAAAGCACUUGGUUAAUGGUAAAAACAAACGAAUGACAACUGAAUUGUACAGAUCCUACACUGUAAAAACUUCAAAGAUGGACUAACAAUCUUCCAUUCUUGUUUUCACCUGUCACAUUAUGAUGUUGCUGUUUAUGUCACAAUGCCUUAAUACAUUCCAUGAUAUUAUUAAGAAAUGGUUUUCUGGACUUUUUGUUGAACAUUGACCUCAUCUAUAUCUAAACCAUUGAUAGGAGAAAGUAUGUUGACUAUGUGGCAGAUCUACUCAUAGAUCUCAUUGGCUGAAAUCUCUCAUGCUGGUGAGGCUCUCUUCAUCCAGGUUUCACAAUCUCGCUGAGAGUGUUCCUGAGAAUAGAGACUAGAAUAUAUACGCUUACAAUUUACAAGAUACACACUUAUUAUGCAUAAAAACUGAUUUGGGUUCCCGAUUUUCCCACCUGACCAAACUCUUAACAGCAGCAGAAAAAAUGAUUACAGUGAUAUGAAAGUGUGCAGUGCACAUAAGGACAUGUGGACACUGAUUCAAGACUUCCUAUUUAAGAUGCUCAACUUUCUCAGAUGGCUAAUGUUUCGUUUCAUAUACAUGAAGCCAGAGUGCAUUCAGGAGGUAUUCAGACCUUUUUAACUUUGUAGCAUUAGGCAAAUUAUGGACACAUGCUAAUGUAUAUUUAAUUUGCAUAAUGCAGCAUUAUGCUAAUUAUAGGUGCAUGCUAAUUUCUAUAUAAUUAGCAUAAGGCAGCAUCAUGCUAAUUAUGUAUUAUGUUAAAAUUAAAAUAUAAUAUAUUUUAAUUAUAUAUAACUGUAACAAGACAAAGACAUUUUAAUCAGAUAGAGUCUGUUUUAUUGGCUAGAUAUUUGGGUUUGUCUUGUCUUUACAUUCCUCUAUACUGUGCACCGAUAUAUUCACAUAUACACACUAAAACUUUCUUAUUUAUGUAUUGUGAUAUCAGUAGACGGAUCAUUUUAAUGUAACAGGUUGCUUUGUAUCUGCAUGACAAUAUAAAAGUACAAACAACA